AUGGCCAUACUUCUCUAUAUACUGAAUAUAUGCUUUGCUUUCACUCUUGCUUCUGCAAGUAUUUCCACCAACGUUGACAUCUUAUAUGGUGCUGAUCACAUCAAAGUGCUUGACCAUGGCCGGGAAAUGCAGCUUAGUCUUGAUCAAAGUUCGGGCUCGGGGAUUCAGUCGAAGAAUGAAUAUCUGUUUGGGAAAUUCGACAUGAAAAUCAAGUUGAAUCCCAAGGACUCUGCAGGCACUGUAACAUCUUACUACCUGUCGUCCCAAGGGUCCAACCACGAUGAAUUAGACUUUGAGUUCCUUGGGAAUUUGAGUGGAUCUCCCUACAUUAUGCAAACAAAUGUUUUCUCAAAUGGCGGGGGCAAUCGGGAAGUUAAGUUUUUCCUGUGGUUUGAUCCCACCGAGGCUUUCCACACAUACACUGUUCUAUGGAAUCCACACAGAAUUAUAUUUUAUGUGGAUUCGAUUCCGGUUAGUGUGUUUAAGAACAAGGAGAAAGUGGGUGUACCAUAUCCCAAUAAGCAAGGGAUGAGAAUGUAUUCCACCAUAUGGAACGGAUCUAAUUGGGCAACUAGAGGGGGGACAGUGAAGAUCGAUUGGAGCAAAGCCCCCUUCAUCGCUAACUACAGAAGUUACUGGGCAAAUGCCUGCGUAUUUGGUAAGUAUUGCCCUCCCACUUCUCCAUGGAUGGGGGAAGGAUUGAACGGGAAUCAAAAGAAAUUACUCAAGUGGGUACGCAAGCAUUAUAUGAUUUAUGAUUACUGCUCGGAUAUAAAAAGAUUUCCCAGGGGUUUCCCACGGGAAUGCUUGAGGAAUUGAUAAAUUUGAACUGAUUUAAACAAA